GGGAGGGGCAAGAGCAGCCUUUCUUCGGCGAUAGCUAGCUUCCACUGGCCCUGGGCGGGAGGCAAGCGCGUAUAAAUGAGUCCUCUUUCUUCCUCCUCGCAGAAGAACGGUCGUUCCCUUGUCCGUUCCUUCCCAGUGUUCUCAAGAUGCGGUGCUCCUUUGCCGCAGUGUCCGGUUUCCUCGCGUUGAUCGGCGCUGUGCAGGCGGCCCCCAAGGCGGAGCGCCUUCGCCUGCCCAUCGCGUAUGCGCAGAAGCUGGCAGCCGUGCAGGAGGCCACGGCGCCCGCGGCCAAGGCUGUGGUCCAAGACAGCGUCGCCAAUGCUUCGCAAAUUGACCCCAGCUAUGCGCCCACGGUCACCGCGCCCAAGGACAACGUGUUCGCAAGCCUGACCAACGAUGAAGCAGCCGCCGUGAUCAAAUUCUGCCACGAGCAGGACAGCCUGAACCUCACGGCGGCCGAGAAUGCGACGGCGUGGGACAACCAGAUCACCGUGGUGGAUGUGCUCAUGCCCAACAAGACCGAUGCGCUGGCCUACCUCGACGGCGACGGCGACAAGCCGAAGCGCUAUGCGGUCGUCACCGUGUCACACGGCGCCAGCGAGGAGCCGUACAUUGAGUUUAUUGGCGUGGGACCGCUGCCCGUGACCGCAGAGACCUCGCUCGUCGACCUGUCCUGGCUGUCGACCAAGGGCCAAGCACGCGUCCACAAGUACAACGCCGACGAGGACGCCUGGGGAGACUGGUUCGCCGAGAUUGCCUCCGACAUCCAAGAUAUUACAAAAGACCUCAUCAACGGCACAGUCACCGGCUCCGACGACGACGACUUUGACAUCUGGGGCGUCGACCCGCUCUGGCACCGCGACGGCAGGGUUGUCCAGUGGGUCACCUUUUGGGCCCACGUGUCCGAAGACACGUUUGGGUACGACGCCACGACGCUGCUGCCCCAGGGCCUCUUCUUCCGCGCCGACACGACGGGCCGCGAAAAGGCCAACUGGGCGGUCACGGGCUGGCUCUACAACGACCAGUUCUUUGCCUCGACGAAGGAAUUCCGAGCGGCCUGGGCGUCGGGCACGCUGAAAAAGACCGAGCAGACCAACAGCCCCCUCGUGGCCAGCUACGAGGAUGCGUGGUACGGCACCGACCGCGUGGGGGACGCAUACCCCGACGACGAGCGCCUGCCUCCCGUCGAGGUGGCGCCAGACGGCCAGCGGUUCAAGGUGGAUGAGGAUCGCCGCUACGUGGAGUGGAUGGACUUUUCCUUCUACUUUACCUUUACGCGCGACACCGGCCUUCGGCUGUACGACGUGACGUACGGGGGCAAGCGCAUCCUGUUUGAGCUUGGCCUGCAGGAGGCCGUGGCGCACUAUGCGGGCAACGAUCCCGUACAGGCAGGCACGAGCUACCUGGACACGUACUACGGCUUUGGGCCCUAUGCGUUCCAGCUCGUCAAGGGCUACGACUGCCCUGCCUAUGCGACCUACUUCAACGCCACCUUCCACGCCGCCGAGGAGUCCAAGACGCACCGGGACGCGAUCUGCGUCUUUGAGCGCGACAUGGGCGGGCCGAUCCAGCGGCACUCGUCGGGUUCCUAUAUCUCGGUCACCAAGGACAUUGCCCUGGUGCUGCGGACCGUGUCGACGGUGGGCAACUACGACUACACGUUCUCGUACACCUUCCACCUCGACGGGACCAUCGAAACAAAAGUGUCGGCCUCGGGCUAUAUCCAGUCGGCCUUCUACGCGGGCAACGAGGAGUACGGCUACCAGAUCCGCAAGGGCCUCUCGGGCAGCAUGCACGACCAUGUUUUGACCUUCAAGGCGGACAUGGACAUUGGCGGGACAAAGAACUCGGUCGCCAAGCAUGCCGUCGUGCCCGUCGAGGUCGACUACCCCUGGAACGACGGGCUGAAGCGCAACACGAUGCACCUCCAGCGGUCCUACCUUGACCAGGAGACGGGCUUCAACUGGGGCGGCGGCACGCACAGCCUGCUGCUCAUCGUCAACAAGGACGAGACCGACGACUUUGGCCAGCCGAUCGGCUACCGGAUCAUGCCUUCCAUCGGCAACGGACACUCGCUCACGAUCAAGGACAGCCCCAACCUGCUCAACUCGGCGCAUUUCACGCAGGAGCACGUCUACUUUACCAAGCAAAAGGACACCGAGCCCCGCGUGGCCAAUGCGAUGAACUCGGUCGACCCGGCCCACCCGAUCGUCGACUUUGGCAAGUUCCUCGACGGCGAGAGCCUCGACCAGGAGGAUGUGGUUGUCUGGUUCAACCUCGGCAUGCUCCACGUGCCCGACCAGACGGAUCUUCCGAAUACUGUGCAGACCAAGGCACAAGCAUCCAUGCUCAUCUCGCCCCACAACUACCUGCCCAGCAACCCGGCGCGGCGGUCGAGACAGAUGGUGCGCAUCGACUACGGGACCGAGGGCAAGGCCAGCAAGCUCCACACAUUCGGCAAAAAGGUCCGGCCCGAGGGCACCAUCGACGCCGCCGCCGCGUACCCGAACCUGUGGUCGUAUGCAGGCGACGAGGGCGUGCGCAAGUUCCCCUAUGACCCCGACCACCCCUUCAACGAGACCGACUCGAUUGCGUGAGCGUGCGCGUCGAUCGGAGUGGGCUUGUCAGAUGGUAG